UUAACAGAGUCAAUGACUUUUUUCCCGUCUCUUACCCGAUGUGAUGCAGCUGUACUUAACACUCGCCUUCAUUUACUUGGUGCUGCAGCUGAUUCAUGGCGGGCACGUCGCAUCCAGUAACAGCUGCCGGGAGGAAAAUUUUGCAGAAAUCUCCCGGGGCUGCAAUUUAUCGCACUGCUUAAUAGUUCAGACAAAAAUUCAUCCAGUGAAACACUCGGAAAUUGGAAACAUGGAUGAAUUUUGUGGAUACUCCUACAACACCAUGAGUGACACACAGAUCCCUCCUCACAAAAGUUACUCAGAAAUGCAAGAAAGAAUUAAGAACUUGCCAUCUUGCAGUGAAUACGAUGAGAUCGUAGCGUUGUUUUAUCCCAACGGAAGCGUGGCGGCUAGGCCAUUAACAGAGAGGCAUGAAGUCGCUGCAUCUAAAGCAGAACCGCCCGUUAAAAACCUGACCGUCACAAUUGACAAUCGUGACGUCCUGAUCGCUUGGGAGCCUCCAGUUUCGCUAUGCCCGAUAACCUCCUACAAGAUUUCCAUCACCUACACCGACCCGUCAACAUUCCCUGAUCACCACAAGGAAAUUGUUCACUUGAACGCCUCAUUGCAAGAUCACCAAUACCGCAUCAGCGCCGCGCGUGCCGACGCGCUGUAUCAUGUAUGCGUGGCAGCUGAAAUAAAUCUUUCAGUGAGCGCUGAACAAUCCUGCGUAAGAGUUAAAACUCCUGGUAAAGCGCUGCCAGCGCCACGGGACUUGAGGCUACUGAACAGCUCCAGCACAUCCCUGAAUGUGGCGUGGCAACCACCAGACGACAUAAGUUCGGAUGAGGAAUUGGAUUCUAAUACGUACCUGGGAAGACGGGAAAUCAAAAUAUCGAACUUCGAGAUUGCAGUGCAAGAUAAUACUACGUCAAAUGCUCCAGUUCUUACAUUUUCAUUACCAGGAGACUUCAAGACAUUUAUUGUCGAGCAGCUGAAGCCUGAGACGCAAUAUCAUAUUGCUGUUAGGGCCAACUACGAAGAAGGAAUGGGACCUUUCACUGGCAAAAUUUUUUCGACUGGACCGAGGGAAGAUUCCACACCAAGUGAACAUACAGACAUCGCAGUCAGUCCUGCUGCUGUUCAGUCUAACAUCGAUGAAGAUAAUUCUCGUGACAAAACAGGAGAGAAUUCCGACUGUGGAACAGGAGAUAUGAAUCCAGGAACGCUCCUCAUUUUGACUCUAGUUGUAGCCUCAAUGUUCAAAUUAGUAGAAAAUCCCUUUUCAUUGAUUUGAAUUUUCUGAUAUUUCAUACCCAAUCUAUACAAAACUUCGAAACUUCAAAUCUAAUUUGAAACCUCCGAGCAUUCCACUUAGCAAAUAAUAGAAGUGAACUGCAUUAGUCAGAACCCGAUGUGAUCGAGGUUCAUUCUUGCGCAUCUAAAUUGCAUAACGCUUAAUUUGGUUGGCUAGCGGACAAUAAUUCAUUUCUUUAGUUAAACUUAAAUCAUAGAAAAGCCUUUAAAAUCGAUAUGUAAUUGUAGCCUAGUUUAUUGUUCACAAUGUAAUAAUUUUAGUUGUGGUUAGCUAUUGAAUGAAUUUAUCAUUUUUUCGAAAUGACAAUGAUAAAAGACUGCCAAAAUAAAUGUAAUAGCGAACAUAUUUUUGUCAAGAAAGAGUAUUACGAAAAAAUUUUAUAUUUUAGCUUCUGAACUCACAAUGUCUCACCACAAUUACUGAACAAUUUUUAGAUCUCAUUACAAUCAUGGAAGAUAUUAUUAUUUUUAUUAGUCGUCAAUCAUAGCUAUAUUUAUCGAAUUAAUAAAUUUGAAAAAUAAUUGAUAUUAAUCAAUCAAAUCAGUAGUAAUUACAUAUGUAUUUUGAAAUAUUUAAAUCCCCCUAGAGAAAUAUCUGGAGCAAUAGGAAGUAAGAAAGUGUUGAUGAGUAGUAAAUGAUUUUUGUCAAAUCCUUCAUUUUAAAAUUAAAUGCUCAAUAUAAACUCGUGGCGCGGGGUAUGUCAUGAAUUUGUGUGUUUUUCUCGUAACUGCAGUUUAGGUUGAGAUUUAUCCUGUGAUUUUACCUAAAGUAAUUAUUAUUCAUAAAUCACUAUAAGU